AUGAAGUUGCUAAACAUUGAAUCUAAUGAUAUACGGAUUGUGGGCAUCCAUGGCUUAGGAGGCAUUGGUAAGACAACAAUUGCCAGGUGUGUGUACAAUACAAUCUAUAAGCAUGUUGAAAGAUGUAGCUUUAUAGCAGAUGCUCGAGAAACUUUCCAAACAAGGGGACUAGUCCAUUUGCAAAGUGAGCUUGUCACUAAUAUCUUGAACCUAGUGAACCCGAACAUUACUAGCGUUGAUAAAGGAAUUAAUGUGAUCAAGCAAAGAUUAUCCAAUAAGAAAGUUCUUAUUGUUCUUGAUGACAUGGAUCAAAAUACUGAUUUAAGUGCAAUAAUCAGGAAGCGUGAUUGGUUUGGUUUUCAGAGUAAGAUUAUUAUUACAACCAGGGACAAGCAUAGGUUAGAUAUUCUUGAAGUAGAUAGAGCUUACGAACCCAAAGAAAUGGAUUCAGAUCAAUCUCUUCAACUUUUCAGUAAUCAUGCCUUCAAAAUGGACCAACCUCUUAAACAUUAUUUGGAUCUCUCAAAAGAUGUGGUAGCAACUACUUGA